CAUUCUCUUCUCAUUCAUACAACCCACCCCUCAAUCAUCACCAUGAUUCGCACUCUUGUCCGCCCUGCUGUCCGUGCCACCCAGCGCCGUUGCGCCUCUACUACCGCAGCCUCGCCCGCCACUCUCCAGAACUUGGAGACGCGCUGGUCGACUCUGUCCUCCCUGGAGCAGAGCACCCUCGCCAAGCAGCUUGAGCAGGUCCAGGCUGGCGACUGGACCAAAAUGACCUUGGAGCAGAAGAAGGCCGCUUACUGGGUUGCUUUCGGACCCCACGGUGCCCGCACUCCUCUCACCGGCCCCAACCACGGCGCCAAGGUCUUUGUCGGUACUACCGCUGUUGUCGGUGCUGCUGGCGCUCUCUUCCUCUGGAUGCGUGCUGGCAAGGAGAAGCCUUCGACCACCACCAAGGAGUGGCAGGAGGCCUCGAACGAGUAUGCCCGUGAGAACAAGAUCAAUCCUAUCACCGGUAUCUCUUCCGAUAACUACAAGGGUCCCGGUUUCGUUUCUCUCACCAAGAAUUAAAUGUACCCAGCAAGCAUCGCGUCCUUCUAUGAUUGACAUUGCUUCCGAACCCCGUAUCAGCGCUAGUCGACAUAGCAUAUGCCGACAUUCGCUUCCAUCCCUCCCCUCUCCGUUCUCCCUACUUUGGGCUACGAAUAAACAUCAUGAUUUGAACCCUCUAAUGCGCACGCACAGUCACUAUUGAAUCCAUUGAGGCAAUUGAGCUAGAUGCACUUGGAAACGCACC